AUGCAUCCCGCAACCGUUUUCAGCUUCACUGUUCAUGUCCAGGUCAUGAUCCCCUCGACGACGGCGGACGGUGCAAUCCCAUCGAUUCGCGCGCAUGCGAUCACGCCUGUCCGCCCGGUGCACGCGUAUCGUCCAUACAGUUACAGACCAUAUCGUCGGAAUGGUGAAAUGAAAUGGGUGGUGGUCAUGGGCGACGGCGAAGAUGAUGAUGGCGGUAAAUCAAUCUCACACACGCACUCAUCACUCUCACUCGCACACGGACACACACGCCCACACACACGCGCAUCCUGGCCUGUCACUCCCUCUCCUCUCGUCGCCCUCCUAUUCGGACAUUCGACCAUCUCCACGACGGUUACAACUCGCAAAGGACCUAGUGCUGGAGCGUAG